CGAAAGUCUAAGGGGUGUUUGUAUCUGAUUCUUAAAACUACUUUUGCUCUUCAGGGAGCAAUCGCUAAACCUCCCUUCUUGAAUCUUGAGUAAGACGAUUCGUUAGCUCUCGGGUCAGAAAGUCGCCAGAUUCUAAUCAAAUCGUUGGAAAUGGCUUUACCGGCGCGGCAAAGUGCGGCUCUCCUGAAGCCGCUGUCAGCGGCUGUCUCCUUUAUCCGCCACAUAUCUACCGACUCCGCUGCGGUCAUCACAGUAGAGACCAACCUCCCCUUCAGCGCCCACAGAAUAGAUCCUCCAUCGCGCUCCGUUGAGACGACCCACAAGGAGCUGUUGGACUUCUUCCGAGAAAUGGCACUGAUGCGUAGAAUGGAGAUCGCGUCCGAUUCGCUCUACAAGGCUAAGCUCAUUCGAGGCUUCUGUCACCUGUACGACGGCCAGGAAGCGGUUGCCGUCGGCAUGGAGUCCGCAAUUACCAGAAAGGACUGCAUCAUCACAGCAUACCGAGACCACUGUAUCUACCUUGCCCGCGGGGGGACGCUACACGAAGCUUUUUCGGAGCUCAUGGGGCGAAAAGACGGGUGUUCUAAGGGCAAAGGGGGCUCUAUGCACUUCUACAAGAAGAAUAAUGGAUUUUACGGAGGCCAUGGGAUAGUAGGGGCUCAGGUUCCCCUAGGUAUUGGAUUGGCGUUUGCUCAGAAGUACUCAAAAGAGGAUCAUGUCAGUUUCUCUUUAUACGGAGAUGGUGCUGCCAACCAAGGUCAACUCUUUGAAGCUUUGAACAUGGCAGCACUUUGGGAUUUGCCUGCUAUCCUGGUGUGCGAGAACAAUCACUAUGGAAUGGGGACAGCAGAAUGGAGGGCAGCAAAAAGUCCUGCCUACUAUAAGAGAGGGGAUUAUGUACCUGGUCUAAAGGUGGACGGUAUGGAUGUCCUUGCUGUUAAACAGGCAUGCAAAUUUGCCAAGGACUAUGCUCUGAAGAAUGGACCAAUAAUUCUUGAAAUGGACACCUAUAGGUACCAUGGGCACUCCAUGUCUGAUCCUGGAAGCACCUAUCGCACACGUGAUGAGAUCAGCGGAGUCAGACAGGAGCGUGAUCCAAUAGAAAGAGUCAGAAAGUUAAUAUUAGCUCAUGAUUUAGCAACGGAAAAGGAGCUGAAGGAUAUUGAGAAGGAAGUGAGGAAAGAGGUAGAUGAAGCCAUAACAAAGGCAAAGGAGAGCCCCAUGCCAGAUCCUUCUGAGCUCUUCACCAAUGUAUAUACGAAAGGGUUAGGAACUGAGUCUUUCGGAGCAGACAGGAAAGAAGUGAGAGCAACACUCCCAUGAAAGAGAUGUUUGGCAACACAACCACCCGAAUGAAUACCCACACAGGAGAUUAAGGGAAUCAUUACCGACAUACUAAAAAUUUCAAUCUCCACGAGUCGAUCGCAUAUAAACUAGUCCUCUCACGCUAACCUACAAAUUGUCUCAAACUGUGAUCUUUACAUUAUUUUUAUUGCAUAUUGAAAUUCAAAGUGUGGCAUAUUAUUUGUGUUGUAUAUUAAAGUUUAAAGUGUUGCUUAUUAUUGAGUUUGUAGGUUAGUAUUUUAAGCAUGUUUUUAUUUGAUCUCUUAUGUGUGUGUGUAUGUGUGUGUGUAUAUAUAUAUAUAUAUAUAAUGUAUUGCUAAAGUUCAUGUCUGACCGGGCCGGACAGGAG